GGCGGUUUUUUACGCGUCGACGCGUCCCACUCGGAUGCCCCUCUCGCGCACUCUGCGUCCGCUCACCGUUCGACAUGCAUCCCGUGCGCGCUGCUCGCGUCGUCUGCUGUCUCGUCCUGGCCUCGGCGUGCUUGGUGAUCGCGCAAGACGACGGCACCGACAAUGCCACGGAUUCCUGCCCGCCAAUUCCAAACUGUGACUUAGGAUACACGUGCAAAGUGGUGAAGCAUCCGGACAACUGCCCCAUCUGCAAAUGCGUGCCCUGCGACAACAAGCCGUGCUUGAUCAAGGAGGGCUUCUCUUGCCGGCCCGUGCAGCAGAGCAACGGCUGCACGACCUGCCGCUGUGACCCCUGUCUGCGGUCGCCACCGUGCGAGAGCCCGUGCACCAAGUCCAAGAGCCCCGUCGGGUGCCCAAUCUGCGAGUGCCCGGGCACCAAGGGCCCGCUGCCCACCACGGCGGGGAAGCCAGAAGUGGAGAACAUGCCCUUCGACUUCCAGAACGACGCUGAAAACAGCUUCGAGCCCUGAAGGCAGAAUGCCCCCAGCGUCACUCGACGGGCUCAGUGCUGGCCGCUGACCGCCGAAGGACGCGUCCCGCUUCACCGAUACCAUGCACUCGACCAGAAGAAAUAGCGCUGUCGUCGCUGACGCGGCUUGGCGAGGACAGCAGCUGACUUUGGGGCUGUGCGUCGUUCGAAAGUUUUCGGAAAGGAGGCGGGUGGUCAGACCGAACAGCUCCCUAAAUAACAAAGACCUAGUGCUGAAUUUGCCGUGUCAGCUAGAAAAGGCCAACGCGGGGCCACGGUGUAACGUAUGUAUUUAUAUGUGGACACUGCUCGGCGUCCCAGCCACCAGACGAAGGCCUUCCCUCGUCUUGGUUGCCUGUCGUAAGCCUGUCGUAAGCAGACGCACCGAGCCGAAAGCGCAUGCGCAAAAAUGCCAUGGCAACGACGCACUUUCUCGUUUUUGUUUGUUUCUUUUUUCCUCAGUUGCGCCGUCUGGCCGGUGGGACGCUGUUGGAGCAGGCUGCUGGGGCUUGCACGCCGAUGGGACGUUUUCUGGUCGAUCGCGUCGCAGCGUUCGCCGUGCUGUGUUCACAUCGAUAUAUAUACUAUAGUAUAUUAUACCGUGCGCAAAGCAAAGAUUGGAUAAGAGCGCUGCGUGGGCGUUUGGCUCAGACCCGUAUUCAAUAAGUCAGAGCACUAGUCCCAGCCCAACGCUGACGGUGCACUCACGUCGAAUCUGUGCCCCUCGUUGGCCUUCUUUAGAAAAAGCCAAACAUCUCAGCCCUACGGCUUUGUUAGAUGAGAAUCGUUGCACAAAGGACGAUGCUCUGCCGGUUGUUGCGCCACUGCAAUCGCGGGCGAAUGCAAUGAAGAAAAAAUACAAAGUUGCCCUGCAGGUCAGUUUAGUUUAGGGUGCCUCGAUGCGCCUAUAGCUCCUCGCACGCUUCACCCUACAUCGUACAAACUUUAUUAUCGUCGACCAUUCUGUUUCUAGUUGGCGAAACCUUUAGCUAGGUGUCGCCAGGGUGUGGGAGAAUCUCCUUGGUUCACGAGAGCGCAAGCAUUUGUCAGUGUUGUCAGACGCUAGAAAGCAAUCAAGACUGAAGGGUAAGUGUCGCGUUUCCAAGGAAGGACAUGUGCCAAUCGAGUUGUGCUGUGCAGUGAUUCGUCGUUAAAAAAAAAGCGUAAACUGUAUAGCAGACAUUGCACUCAUAUGUGAGUGAUAAGAGUGGCUUUUUAAGUCGGGCUUUUUUAAACGUCUGCGUCACAGAGCUGCGAUCAGAUGCUCUCUGAAACAAAAAAAAUCCUGUAAGUUUAUUUUUUUUACAACAUAGCGACAGUUGUUUGUGGUGAACAUUGGAAGAAUUGUUUACCAUGAUUGGCCGUUUCUGUAUUCUGCAGGUAAAUGAACUCGCAGAAUGUUUUCUAUUUUUAUCGUGUGCGUUUUCUUUUUUUGGUGUGCCUAUCCACGUUUUCUACGCAUAUCAUCGUCCGCUCAAAAGUAAACAAAACGAAAAAACAAAACAAAAAACUUCUUGUCUGUAUGCUGCCGAAUUUGAGAAUCGGUAGCGGUUUUGUUUGUUAGAAAAACGUCGGGUCUGCCUUUCUGACCCCUCCGACCUUGCGGUCGAGCGCAGAUAGUUUGCACGCAUUGUGAAGGAACUCUUUCGCCGUGUUUCUAUGUCAUUAAAAAAGCAACGAGAAAUUCGGCUUUAGUUGGUGUCAGAGACCAUCAUUUGUUAACAAUACGAGAGUAUAUAGACUAUGCAUACGGACACCAUGUGCUUUGUAUGUACAGAAAUACCUGUGCCAACCACGCGCCUGUGAGAUCCAUGUUCGUGCGAUGCCAGUGGUGUAUAUUUUACCGGAGUUAUACGCACGAAGGUCGAACGCGCAUCACAUCGAAAAUCACUAGUAAACCAUUGUUGUUGUUGUUGUUUUUCUUGUACAAAUACACGGUUGAUCUCGCCUGC